UUUACAAUACGAGGAGAGGAGGAUUAAUAAAUUACUGCUAAAACAAUAACAUGAAAAAACAUCCAUAACAAAAUUUCUGUCCAGAUUGUAACAAUCCCCCUGUCUAUAAAUACUCUUCUCUUCACAUCUUUUCUUUAAUACCCUUUAAUUACUUUUUUUGUUUCUGCUGUUGCCCUAAACCCCAUCAAAAAACAGAAAACAAUAAAUAUUUGUUCUACAAAUUAAGGGAAAGUAAAAAGAAAAUGUGUUUGGUAACUAUUCUGUGUAAUGAAGAAGAGAGAGAGUUGGGGAGACAGCAAGCGCCUGGGUGUUGUCCGCACUGUGGUGGCAAAGUGGAAGCUGUGGAUGUGGAGAGGAGGUGGAGGUUCUGUUUCUUACCCAUUUGUUUCAACAUUAAGAGAAAAUAUUACUGCACCUUAUGUUCCAGGCGUCUGGUCUUGUAUUAUUAGCUACUCCCCUUCUAGAUUAUUGCUAGCUAGGUGUUUUCUUAUUUAUUAAACAUUAAUUUUGAAAUGUUGUUUAGAACUACUGUUACAUGUUUUUUGCAAACUUUUGUGUUUUGAGGCCAAUGUUAAAAAACUAUCAUAUCAAAGCAUUUGAUUGGCAGCCAUCGAAAGCUUUGAUCCUCGUAA